UCUUGGUUCAGUCUAACCCUUUCCCUUCAGAGCUAUUUUUCGAUGUGCAGGGAUCUUCUGUGGGGAGGGAUGCACAAAUCACACAUCUGCAGCUUGAAGUGAUACAAUCCAGGAAAAGGUUACUCGUUGAUUUGCUGAAUGUUUCAAGUAUUGUCAGCAGUCUGUCUGUGAGCACAGCAAAAAGAGAGAAUCUGGUGUUUAGUAGGUGCCAGCAUGAAUUUGUCAGACUGGAGUAAUCUCUCCUCCUCUUUUAACAGAGUUACUAGUUUAGUAGAGGACAGGGAUGCUGUGGACAAAGUGUGCCUUGAUUUCUGCAAAGCAUUUGACUCAGUCCCCACAAUAUCCUCCUUGACCUCUGUGGAGAAUGGGGCCAAAAACUCCAUGUUAUUCCGAGGUGGCUUGGAUGUUACGAGAGGUCAGACAGGAACAGAGUCUGUCUACACCAAUUUCCGGGGCAAGGAGAUCAUGUUCCAUGUCUCUACAAAGCUACCCUUCACAGAGGGAGAUGCCCAGCAGCUUCAGCGGAAGCGCCACAUUGGGAACGAUAUUGUGGCCAUUGUCUUCCACGAUGAAAAUACUCCCUUUGUCCAUGACAUGAUUGCCUCCAAUUUCCUGCAUGCCUAUGUGGUCGUGCAGCUUCAUCACCAUGCCCUUGGGGAGACUCUCUACAAGGAGCGGACCCGCAGUGCUCUUCUCGAGAGUCUUUAUGAGGAGCUGCAGAUCCGGAGCCGCAGCAUGAUGGGCUUGGCCUCUGGAGAUGAUGACAAGAUAGAGAAUGGGGGUGGUGGCUUCUUUGAGAAUUUCAAGCAAAGACGUUGCUGAAAGAAUACAGAAGGUACUGGAGAGUCCAGGACCCUUCUUUGACCUCAAGUCAGAUGGUUCCUCCAGUCCCAGUUCCCCAGAAUUCCCUAACAGGAAGAGCAAGUUGAAGAAAAUGUCAGUUAAGAAAUGUUGUUAGUUUGUACAUUCCAUUACAAUUAAAAGCAACAUACCUAUCCAGAGAGAGAGAGAGAGAGAGAGAGA